GUCUUCAAAGCCAAAACUGAAAAGUUGGGUUUGUCAAAGCUGAUCAAAAAAGGGGGAAGAAGGAAGACUGAACUCGGGCGUCUAAAAUGCUCUAGAGCUCUACAGAAACGAACAAGGAAAAAUAAGGAAAAGAAGCACAGUCAUACGAAAUCGUUCCCCUAUGGAGUACCAGUCAUUUGAAACCCAGAAGCACAAACUGACAAGCAAAGGAUUCAAGAUGGUGAAUACCGAGGCCAAAAGUACGUCCCGAGACUUACAGGAGUUACAGAAGAAGGUGCUUGCGUGGAUAGACUCCAUCAGGAGCAACCCUAAGGUGAUCACUUUCAUGAAUUCUCCACUCGGUCAAUAUUUGGACAAACAUCCCUUUAUCUCCCUCACCUUGCUGGUGUUUAUUACAGUCUCCACCAUUCCAGUGGUGAUCUUUCUGCUACUUGUGGUUGUGACAGCCAUUGCUGCCUGCGUUGGGGUUAUAUUAAUGGAAGGUGUGGUCAUAUCUGUAGGUGGCUUAACUCUGCUAUGUGUGCUCUGUGGAUUGGGUUUUGUCUCCCUGGCCAUGUCUGGGGCCCUCAGUAUGUGCUACGUGGUGGGUUCAGGCCUGAUCAAUUACUGGUUCCCUCCCACCACAGCAGAGCAUCAACAAGUCAUUGGAAGUAACUGCCAGAAGGCCAUGAAUUCUUCUGGGUUUGAGCCUUCCAGGAGUAACUGAGCAGAACCAGGGUUUGUGGCAACUCACUGUAUCAUAUCAUUUUGGAUCUGGACUCUUGGCUGGGGGAGGGGGAAAAAGAAAAUGAGGAAAGGAGGGCUCAGUUUUAGCAUAUCUGUAAGUUUUUUUUUUAACCAUUUGCAGUAUAGAUUAUUGCAUGGUUGGUGGACAGAUGGGGGUUUGAGUAAGGAAUGUGGCAUGGAGUAAGGUUACACUUCAAUAUACAAAAUGAGAUAACCAUUUUAACAGGAAGAAUCCAAAAGUGCUGAAUUCCACCCUGGUCCUGCCACCCUUUUGUGAACCACCACCACCACCACAAAAAUCCAUCAACUUUAUGGAGAUUUUGAUCCAUUAUCCCAGGAUAGAAGUAAAAACCAUAAGCCUUGGAAAUUGCCUUUUAGGUUCUAACCAUGAGAUACUUCAAGCAAAUAAAAGAGGUCAUUCAUAUCUUGGGUAUUUGAAGAUGAGAAAACAAAGUCUUUAUUUGCCUUUAUUCAAAUAUCAUUUUUUAGGGCCAUCCUGGUUUAUAUGACAUUGAAAAGUACUUUAAGUGAACUGUAAGGUCAAAGAUCCUUUUUAAAUUUCUCUCCCAGGAAUAUUCUGGGUAAAUUGUAAGUCACCUUAUGUUACAUCAAAAAAAGCUUAUGUAUUGUUUAAAUAAGUGCCAUAUAAAGUCAUUGCUUUGCAAACUCCUGUGGAAAAUAAACAAAUGCUUUAGUACUUCUGCAGCACUGGUAAAGACAUCUGCAAUGCUGUUGAGUUUAAUAAAAUAUUUAUUUUGGCUCAAA